GUCAACCAGUAGCUUAGCAAACGGAAAAUGCGCAGAAACGGCGUCGCUUUUUGAUUACGUCAAUUAUAAUCGCAUCGACGCACGAGGGAAAGGGAAGCAAGUUCCGUUCAGCUAAUGAGAGCCGUGGUCCCAAAUUAAAAACAUGGGGAAGCAGAAAACAAAGAAGUUUGCUGUAAUGAAGAGAAUGAUUAAUCUGAAAGACCAAAGAAUAAAAGAAAAAGACCGCGCUAAAGCAAAAGAGAAAAAGAAGAAAGAUCCUUCAGAGCUUAAGGUGACAGAAGUACCAAAGUACCCAUCGUGCAUGUUCUUCCAGUACAACACUCAGCUUGGUCCGCCAUACCACAUUUUAGUCGACACCAAUUUCAUCAACUUUUCCAUCAAAGCCAAACUGGACAUUGUUCAGUCCAUGAUGGAUUGCUUGUAUGCAAAAUGUAUUCCAUAUAUCACAGACUGUGUGAUGGCUGAGAUUGAAAAGCUUGGAAUGAAGUACAGAGUUGCACUCAGGAUAGCCAAGGAUCCGAGGUUUGAGCACCUGCCUUGCACACACAAGGGAACAUAUGCUGAUGACUGUUUAGUCCAACGGGUAACACAGCACAAGUGUUACAUCCUGGCCACUGUGGACAGAGAUCUAAAGAGAAGAGUGAGGAAGAUCCCUGGAGUGCCCAUCAUGUACAUCUCAAACCACAGGUACAAUAUAGAACGGAUGCCUGAUGACUAUGGUGCUCCAAGGUUUUAAUAUUUCUACAACUACCAUGGACCUGUAAAUAGACUGAAGUUUCCUGCUUUCCUGUUUUCUUUUUAUAGAACUCAAAACUUUUGUGAGGUUUGGAAGGUGGAUUUUGUGAGGAUAGGGUGUGUUUGAUCUAACUGCAGAUUACUUUAAGUUUUGUUGUUAUAAAACAUGUUGUUGGAAGAAUAAAUGAAAUGUUGCAAUGCA